UCUUCUAGAAACCACUAGGUCAAAUAUAGCUUAUAUUAAAGGUCACAGAAAUACUAAAUACGGGAAAUGACAGUAAAUUAUUUAGGGCUUCUAAACUAGCAUCUUUUGUUUUUCUUAAACUGACAGACACUUGCUUUGUUUUGUUGCAGCCUCUUCCUUGGUUGUGCCACUGCUGAGUUCUACAAUUCUUUUCCAGCGACUGUUUAGCAUACUUCUUUCCUUGAUGUCAACCUACUUACUUCUAAGCACAGGGUAUGAAGCUCUGUUUCCAUUAGUGUUGUCAUGUUUGAUGUUUUCCUGGAUACACAUGGAACAAGAACUUCUACAUCAAUCUGGUGUUUCCUGUAAACAGAAGCUCACCAGUACCCAGUUCUCCUAUAAUACUGAUAUAGCUCAGUUUCGACAGCUGUGUCUGGAUGACAUCCGUAGAGCCUUUUUCCUUGUUUUCUUCUUAUUGACAGCAUUUUUUGGAACUGGAAAUAUAGCUUCUAUUAACAGCUUUGAUCUUGCCUCUGUGUAUUGCUUUCUGACAGUGUUUAGUCCUUUUAUGAUGGGAGCCCUGAUGAUGUGGAAGAUUUUAAUUCCUUUUGUUCUUGUGAUGUGUGCUUUUGAAGCAGUUCAAUUAACUACACAGUUAUCAUCAAAAAGCCUUUUUCUUAUUGUUCUCGUCAUAUCGGACAUUAUGGCUUUGCAUUUUUUCUUCUUGGUCAAGGAUUAUGGCAGCUGGCUUGAUAUUGGAACAAGCAUCAGCCACUAUGUGAUUGUGAUGUCCAUGACAAUCUUUCUGGUAUUUCUCAAUGGCCUGGCGCAGCUGCUCACAACGAAGAAACUCAAACUCCAUGGCAAGCCCAAAAGCCACCUCACGUGAUGUUGCUGAAGCCAUCACUCAGCAUCUGGGUCCUGUUUCUCCUUCUAAACUAAAAUCCCAUCAAGGAUUCCAGAAGAAGAUGGACACUGAUGCAUAGUACGUUCUAUUCCUGUGGAGAAAAUGCUGCUCUGAGCUCUGAAUGUACAGUUAUGUGAGCUAGAGGAGCUUCCUGUUCCUUUGAGUUUGGUGGGCAUGGAACAGUGGUUGUGUCUGUGGAAAUGCACAGUAAAGCAUUCUUCACUGUCAUUUUUUCCUUAGCUGCCAGCCCUGCUUAGUGAUGUUUCAGAGCACAUGCAACAAUCUGAUCCCCAUGGUACAGCUUCCCAUAUACCCAAAGGAGAACAUGCACCUGUGGGGACAGUGCUGAUGACAUCCAAAAUCUUAGCUGUGGCUGAAUGUGAAGGGAAUCACCAGGCGCACCAUAAGUAUUUAGCAGCUCACAGCACUAGUUUUGUAGUUCUAACUACUCAGUAACAUCACUAGGAAGAUAGUCCAGUGUGCUAUUUCAAAGUUACUAAAGCAGCAGUAGCAAAACAUCUGCAGGUGUUUGUCAUUUUUCUUUAGCAUUCAGUGACACUAUCUCAUCUUCUUAAUGCUGCAUCCAGGGUUUUCAUAGUCAGCCAGCUACAAGUAGUUAACUUUUAUGGGUUUUUUGGGUUUUUUUCUUUCCCCCAUUUCUGGUUUAUCAUGGAAUUUCAGAGGGUAGAGGAAUAGAAAAUGCUUAGUAUUUUUGUCUUAUUCAUACAAAAAAAAAUUUAAAGGAGUAGCUUUUAUUUGUAGACUCAACAUCUAUUACCACUAUAGCUUUUUUCAUAUAUUGUUUCAAUAAGAUUCUCCAAACCAAAAGUUAAAACUUUCUGACAGUAUCAGAAAUUCAUGUUAAAAUUGCUACUUUUCUGGUUGUGAGAUUCUAGCCCAAAGGUCUAAAGUCAUCUCAUUAAAUACAGAUUUCCAUUUAUAAACUAAUUCCAAUGAACAAAAUAUUUUGAGAGUAAUUUUUAUUUGGAUUUUUCAUAAAGUGCCUUUACAUACUACAGUACAGUUAGUGUUUUGUCCAUGGUAUGCCAGAAGUGUUUCGUUGAUGCUAAGUUUUGCUGGUAUGUGUCUCAUUUUUAAAAAAUAAUUGCUUUUGAAUUAAGUUAUAACAUUACUAAUUUGCAUUAACACUAGGAAGCCUUCUACAAAUUACUAGAUUUUUCAUAUUGGUGGGUGAGUGAACAAAUAUAAUUUAGAAAACUCAAAAUUCAGUUAAGCAAAAUGAACUUUCUUAAUGUCUAUUUAUGACGAAUACAGUUACAAUUUAUUUGUGAUAAUACUUCGUGGCUCAGCAGUGAAAGCAUUAUGCUAUGUAAAAGAGAAGUAUUGAUGUUAGCACAAGGCCUCACGCAUUAGUCUACAGUAUAAAGUCAAGGUAGACAACCAAGAAGCUGCCACAGCAAGUAAUGACAUUGGCAGAAAGAGAAUCCAUGCUCUUUCAUAAAGCCCUAGGCGAUUUUUGAUCAGUUUUUCAUGCAUCACAGAAGACUGCUAAUAUAAACAUUCUUUUAUAACUAGUUUUGCUUUUUGUCUUUUCCCAGAUUUUCAUACAGAGGACUUAAUAAUUAUUACAACAUUGUAAAAGGUACUUAGUGCCUUAUCUUUUUUUUCUUUUGGCAGCAGCGGGCUUGA